AUGGAUGAGUUCCAUACGGACCAGUACCACGUCUCCUGGAUUCCUGCUGUUUUUCAGCUGAUGAAGGGUAUUUUCACUAUCCCGGGUGGCUUUGCCUUAGAUAUCUUCGGCUGCGCUCGCUGCCUUCGCGCAGGUGCACUGGUGGUCUUGGUAUGUUCAGCCCUGUAUCCCAUGGCUCCCAGCCUGUGGUGGCUGGCGAGCCUUCAGGGUGUUUACGGGGUGGCAUACAACCUCAGUGGCAUUGCACCAUGUAUUGUUUUCUUAACUUCGUGGUUUGAACAGCAGAGAGCAUUGGCCAUUGCCAUCCUAACAACUGCCUUCAGCAUGGCUGGCGUCUGCUUCCCUCCCCUGGUGGGGAGCCUGAUCCAACAUCACGGGUGGCGCAUGGCCUCGUCCUUGGGGCCUGUUCUGAUGGUUUUUCUGGUGCUUCCGCUCGCCUUCUUGGCCCUCCGUGAUGGACCCCGAAAUCCAAGUUCGUUGAACUUCCAGCAAAGCCUCCGACUCGGGGCAGUGUGGCACCUGGCCUUCCUGUCACUCUAUCAGCUCUACAUUAUCAUCGCUCUACUGAAUACCUUGGUCCUGUACCUGAAGACAGACGUUGGGAUGAGCGUCGAGCUUUGCGGCCUCUACUCGUCUGUUGUCUUUCAGGCCUCGAUUGCAGCCAAGCUUUUGGCUGGGGCUGCCAUGGACUCUCGUCAGGCUUUGACAGGCAUGGUCAGCUUCUUCGUGCUUUUGAUCGGAACCCUCCUCCUGCUGGACUUUGCGAAAGGGGGCCGGGCCCUGACGUCCAAUCACAACCAGCUGAUGGCCUUCGCAGUGAUUUAUGGUCUUGGCUUCGGGGGUUCUUACAGCGUGCUGUCAGCCAAGCCUGCCAAGAUGUUCGGCAAGAUGGACGACUUUGGCAAGCUCCAGGGCUUCUUCAUGCUCUUCCAUGUCAUCGGUGGUUUCUUGGGCACGCUCGUCACGGGCAAGCUGCGUGCUCUGACGGGAAGCUACACCACCUCUUUCCACAUAUACAUUGUCAUGGCAUUCAUGGCUUGCUUGCAUUACAUUGGCCUUGAGUUGUCCAAAACGUCCCGAGAGCUCAGGGUCCAGGUAAAUCCUGAGCGGCUCUGA